UAGCAUGGUACCGAGAUUAAUGAGGUUGGGUUGGAGAGAGUAACGAUUUUAAUAGCUCAAUAUGUUAAUCAGUGGCGUAUUCUGAAUGCCAAUCUAGAAAAAUGGCUACAGCAGUUGUACUUGGAGGAGGUAUCAGUGGACUUUCUUGUGCCUAUUAUCUAAGUACUAUAGCAAGGCAAUACAUGAAAAAGAUAAUCCUUAUUGAAAGCAGUACUACUCUUGGAGGGUGGAUAAGAACAACAAGGUAUCCAGAUGGUACCAUUUUUGAACAUGGACCUAGAAGCAUGAGACCUGUUGGAAAAGCUGGAUAUAAUGCUUUAACCCUUGUUAAUGAACUGGGGCUGUCUUCAGCUGUUUUACCUGUAAUAAAGUCUCACCCAGCUGUCCAAAAACGCUUGAUCUUGGUCCAUAAUCAGCUCCACACUUUACCUAGUGGACCUUCAUAUCUAUUUCGAAAAGUUCCUCCAUUUUCUAAGCCUUUUAUCUGGUAUUUGCUACAGGAUCUGAUAGCACGGAAGAAGAAAGUAGAAGAUGAAAGUAUUCAUGAUUUUGCCAUCAGAAGGUUUGGAAAAGAAAUAGCUGAGUACAUUAUGGAUCCUGUUUGUCGAGGUAUAGUGGCAGGAGAUUCAAGGGAAAUCAGUGUUCGAUCCCUUUUUGGAAACCUUUUCCAGGGAGAGCAGGAACAUGGCUCUGUUGUGAAGGGACAGCUAAAGCAGACUCAAGAGUCAAAGUUAGAAGAUUUUCUGCACAAUGAUCUUGCUGUUAAGUCUAAAAGUCAAGGAUGGGCCAUGUGGACAUUGAGGAAUGGUUUACAAAGUUUACCAGAAGCACUAGUCAGACAGUUAGAGAGUGACAAUCUUGUACAGAUUUUAACAAAUGCUCCAUGCAAAAGAAUAAAUUUUGUAGAUGGUAAAGCUAUGGUGAUGUUUGGAGAAUCGAGUCUUUUGGCUAACCAUGUAUUUUCGAGUAUUCCAUCCAGAACACUCUCAAGACUGCUUUCAGCAAGUUACCCAGCAUUGGCACAGUAUCUUUCAUCUAUUCAAUCAGUUCAUGUUGCUGUUGUAAACCUGGAAUUUAAAGGAAAGGUGUUGCAAAAUGAGGGGUUUGGUUUCUUGGUUCCUUCUUCCCAGAAGUCCAAUGUUUUAGGAAUUAUAUUUGAUUCCUGUUGUUUUCCUGAACAUGAUGGAAAGUACAGCCAUAAAACCCGGAUCACUUGUAUGAUAGGAGGAAAAUGGUUUCGGGAUGUUUUAGGUGAUGUGGACACAGCAAGCUUGGACAGUGCUCUAGAAUUGGCUGUUGAAGCUGCCCACAAUCAUCUUGGGAUAACAGAUCCUCCAGUUAGAAAUCAUACUAGUGUACAAAAGGGUUGUAUACCUCAGUACAAAGUAGGCCAUCACCGAAUCCUUCAAGGGUUGCACAAUGAAAUACAGGAAAACUCGCUGAACCUCAGCUUGCUUGGUUCAUCUUAUGAAGGAGUCAGUGUCAAUGAUUGUAUUUACAAUUCAAAGUUAGCAGUGGAAAAAUUUGUAAAAAAAAUAAGCCAUUCAUGAGGAAACUAAUCACUACAUUAAAAGCCAAAAUUUUAAUGAAAGUAGUGCAUUUCAAGAUUUUUUUGUAGUGUAGUGCUUCCUCACUCUUUUGUCUGUAGGUGCUAGAAGUACUGCAUUUUACUGAAAAAAAAGCCCAAUAAAGCAUUUCUUUACAUCA